GCCGUGUUGCCACCACGGCCGCCGCCCGCCGCACACCAACGUGCUGGGGCUCCCGGCAACGUCUAGUUUCGAACUGGCUGAGCGUGCAACUGCUGCAGCGGCGGCAGCGGCGCCUCACCUCUGGCUGCUCAAGUGGCUCCAGUCUCUCCCCGCCCAACGCAACCGAAGGAGCGUGCGGCGGAGGUGCGAGGUGGGGCGCAGGGAAGGAGGGAUCCCGGGACAUCCCUCCCCUUCUCUCCCGGGAAUCACAGCGGCGGGAGCAGCAGCAGCAGGUGGAACUGGACUUGUUUGGUGCUCCAGUACGGCCGCAGGGGACUGCGGUCUGAUGAGCCGAGCUUUGGUGGGUCGGAGCUGGCUUAUUUUCGCUUCCAUCUCCAGCCUUCCGGGGAUGCCACGGGCAUUCUAGAGGAGACUUUCCGGGGCUGCGGCGCCUCCAGAGUGCACGGCAUCCACGAGGAGGGAGCCGCGGCGUGAGGGCUGAGCUCCAGGAAGACACGAUUUGUUUUCGUUUCUCCUUUCCACAACCCAGAAGACCUCCCGUCCCGGGGAAGAACCUGUGGCCGGAGCUGAGAUAGUGGGUCCCUUAACGCAGUGGAGCCGGGUUGUGCCGGGCACUGCGCCGCCGUUUCUCGCGUGCGCCUGGGAAGUGCCAAAGCUGUCCAGAGUCCCGGGGCGCACCUGGAUUAAGGCAGGGUGAACACGGGCUUCCUCUGGGAUUACAUUUCCCUUGUUUUCCUGGGGGUUUCUCUGCUUUUUAGUCCGUGAAGUUUAUUUCUCGUACUAUUAUCCCCUCUCCCCGGACUCUAAUUGACUGCUCACAGGAGUGAACCUGCGCUUGUAUCCCUGCCAUUCCAGGUUCUCCUAGGAUUUGAGGAAGGUCCCUUCCGGGGCUCUUAUAUUCGGACCUCCUUUCUUUGCCUUAGAUUUUUGGGUUUGGAGUCUAUUCGUUAGAGCCUGGGGGAGCUCCUGUAUCCUAGCCCCUUCCCCCAGUCCCCAUUCUUUCCCCAAGUGAGGUGCCUCCUUGUUCUAAUUAGCCUUGUGGGAGAGUGAAGGUUUGGCUAUCUUACCGUUUUGGGGCAGAUUUUGAGGGAGAGGGACUUGGAUCUCCUGUGGGCUUUCUGUGUGCUUGCAAAAAGGGGGGCACCUCUACCAGGUGAUCUCUUCGCCAUGGCCUUCACUUUCGCUGCUUUUUGCUACAUGCUGUCUCUGGUCCUGUGCGCCGCGCUCAUCUUCUUCGCCAUCUGGCACAUAAUUGCCUUUGAUGAAUUAAGGACAGAUUUCAAGAGCCCCAUAGACCAGUGUAAUCCUGUUCAUGCGAGGGAACGGCUGAGAAACAUCGAACGCAUCUGCUUCCUUUUGAGAAAACUGGUGCUGCCAGAAUACUCAAUUCAUAGCCUUUUCUGUAUCAUGUUCCUGUGUGCUCAGGAGUGGCUGACACUGGGGCUGAAUGUUCCUCUGCUCUUCUAUCACUUUUGGAGGUAUUUCCAUUGCCCUGCAGAUAGUUCUGAACUAGCCUAUGAUCCUCCUGUGGUCAUGAAUGCAGACACCUUAAGUUACUGUCAAAAGGAGGCCUGGUGUAAGCUGGCAUUCUAUCUCCUCUCCUUCUUCUACUAUCUUUACUGCAUGAUCUACACUUUAGUGAGUUCUUAACUGAGAGAUAACCUAUGUCACCAGAGACUGACACCAGCAAAAGGACAAAGGCUUGAGGAGAGAAGGCGAUCGAUACUGGAGAUUGGAUCGGAAGGACCUGGAGGAGGUGGUGGAUUUGGAAUUGGAGGCCAUUGGUUGAACGUGUGGAGGAAAACCAGGGAGAAGGGAAAGAGAGACGCAGUGGGCAGAAUGACUGGUUCAGAAUGCAGCUCGUGGGCUGGCUGACUGUGAAGGGCUCUUUUACUCUGUGUGUUGCAGUGGCUGGCAUUCCCACACAUGAACUGUGUAUCACUCCUGAGAAUCGGGGAGGUGGGGGAGAGCACAAAGCCAAACCUCUCAUGGGGGAGAACUGCUGCUUACCCAGAGUACUCCGGAAAACAGCUCCCUGCAGUUGCUUUUCACACUGGGUUCCUGGUAACAGUUCAGAUGGACUGUGGGAGUGGAGGCUGGGCUGGCUCUCUGCAAAGGGAUUUGAAUGCUCAGAAUACACUUCCGAGCCAGAGAUGUGGCCUGUGUGGAUAGCUG